AUGAUGCUAGCAGAGGCUCUCACGCCGCAGCAGCACAUCCUGGAGUUGGAGAAACCUGAACUCAGCGUUCUCUAUGACCUUGUGGACACAGACGGCUCAGGUCGCAUUGAUGACCAGGAGCGUAAGGCGUUGCAGGCAAUGACAACAAGGGAUGGCCAAAGAGAGUUCUUGAACCUUGCCCAUGCUGUCAGUCGACACCACAGGCCCUCUUCCAUUCUGGUCAAGGCUUUCAGCCUCUUCGUGCAGUCGGGCAAGAUCUCGACGACAAAGAUCCGAGAUCUUGCAGAGGAACUUCUUGACAAGUUGUUUUGGGAAGAGGACAUCCAUGUGGCCUUUAGCAUCAUUGAUGUGAAUGGUUCAGGCUGCAUUGAUUCCUCGGAGUUGUCGAAGGCAUCGAAAGUGAUGCCAAUCUCGAAUGUUUCUGAAUUCAUGCUGCAUGCCCGUGGGCAGCAGUUGGAUUUCAGCCAGUUCUCUAAGCUCCUGGCAAAGCAGCGUGUGAGCAGGAAUGUGUUGAAGUUGCUUGCCAAGGAGCUGCAAGGCAGGCAAAUUUCUGAUGAGGAUCUGAAUCUCGCUAUCGCAGCGGCGCGCCGCAAAGAGCAGUUGGAUGCUGAACGUAUCAACGCCGAAGAAAUCGAGGCCAUGAAGCACAGCGUCCUCUGA